UCUCAAUUCCAUUGCAUUAGUCAAAGAUCAUAGGCGCCAAACGUACGUUCCUUCCUUCAACGCUGGUUAGGCAGCCUCGCCGGCCAUCAUCACAUAUUUCCUCUUCCUUUGUAUAUAUAGUCAUCUCAAACGCUACAGGCUCUUCUACUGGUGCAAACUGCAAAACGAAUCAAAACCACUUUUUUUUUUACUUAUUUUGUUCCGCAAAAAACAAUGGGGUUUUGCAAAUUUUCCAAGUUUAGUUUCCUUUUCUUGAUCACCAUUCUCUUCGUAUCUACAGCCGACGAGAAUGCUCUACUCGAAAACGAUCGAGUUGCCUUGCUUUCCUUCAUGUCGGCUGUUGUUUCAGACCCUGGAAACUCCCUGGAACAUUGGAACUCCACCAAUGUACAUGUUUGCAACUGGUCGGGUGUCAGUUGCAACCAUGAAAGAGACCAAGUGGUGCAGCUUGACCUUAGUGACAGGUCACUCAAAGGCACCAUUUCUCCUAGUCUAGCCAAUCUUUCUUCUCUGUUGGUCCUUGAUUUGUCAAAGAACUUCUUCCAUGGCCUUAUCCCACUGGAGCUCGGUUCUCUCUUUCGGCUCAAACAACUUAGCCUAUCAUGGAAUCUUCUUCAAGGAAACAUCCCUUCUGAAUUGGGAUUUCUUCAUCAAUUAGUAUACCUUGAUCUCGGGAGCAAUCGGCUUGAUGGGAACAUCCCAGCUUCACUUUUCUGCAAUGGAUCGUAUUCAUUACAAUACAUAGAUCUUUCCAACAAUUCUCUUAGUGGUGAAAUUCCUCUUACGAGUAAAUGUUCACUUGUGGAGUUGAGGUUUCUGUUGCUCUGGUCGAAUCGACUAGUUGGUCGAGUCUCUCAAGCCCUUUCGAACUCGUCGAAGCUUCAAUGGCUUGAUAUGGAGUCCAACAAGCUAAGUGGGGAGUUGCCAUCUGAUAUUAUACGUAAAAUGCCACAGCUGCAGUUCCUCUAUUUGUCCUAUAAUGACUUCGUUAGCCAUGAUGGUAACACUAACCUCGAGCCUUUUUUUGCUUCUUUGCUCAAUUCUUCUAACUUUCAAGAACUAGAAUUAGCAGGAAAUAACCUUGGUGGACAGAUACCUCCUAUUAUCGGUGAUCUUUCUACCAAUCUUGUACAGAUUCAUCUCGAUGAUAAUCUGAUAUACGGUCCGAUUCCUCCUCGGAUUUCGAACCUUGUGAACCUCACCCUCUUGAACUUGUCUAGUAACCUUUUGAAUGGUUCCAUCCCACAUGAGCUAUGCAGAAUUGAGAAACUGGAGAGAGUUUAUCUGUCGAAUAAUUCGCUCUCCGGUGAGAUUCCGGUUGCUCUAGGAAACAUAACGCAUUUGGGGCUGUUGGACUUGUCGAUGAACAAGAUUUCGGGUUCGAUUCCAGAUAGUUUCGCCAAUCUCCCUCAGCUAAGAAGAUUACUACUCUAUGGAAACCAGCUUUCAGGGACAAUUCCUUCGAGUUUGGGCAAAUGUGUCAACCUGGAGAUUUUAGACCUCUCUCACAAUAAGCUUUCCGGGAUAAUUCCUGGUGGGGUUGCUGGAUUGAGGAGCUUGAAGUUGUACUUGAAUUUGUCUAGCAAUCACCUUCAUGGACCCUUACCACUAGAGCUGAGUAAAAUGGACAUGGUGUUAGCCAUUGAUCUAUCGUCGAAUAAUCUCUUGGGCACGAUUCCAUCGCAACUCGGGGACUGCAUUGCCCUCGAGCACCUCAACCUUUCGAGUAAUGCCUUGGAAGGUGAACUUCCAGGUUCCAUAGGACAGUUGCCUUACCUUAAAGAACUCGAUGUUGGUUUGAACCGGUUGAGCGGAGACAUACCAGAGACAUUUCAGGCAUCAACUACGCUCGUGGCAAUGAACUUCUCUUUCAACAAGUUCCAUGGAAAUAUAUCAGACAAGGGGGCAUUUUCAUCUCUGACUAUAGAUUCUUUCAUAGGGAAUGAUGGUCUUUGUGGUUCGAUUAAAGGCCUGCCGAAAUGCCGAAAGAAACAUCCUUCUCGUUUGGUUAUAUUCUUGCCUAUCAUCGCCUCAUUGCUAGUGACUCCUAUAUUGCUAAUGUUUGGAUACCCUCUAGUGACUAGCAAAUCAAAGUUCGGAAACCGGCUGGCUGUUGUCGAUGGAGAGGAUUUCGAAGACGAAGAAAACGAAAGGAAAGAGCUCAAGUACCCCAGAAUCUCAUAUGAACAACUCAUUGAAGCAACUGGUGGGUUCUGUGCAUCAAGCUUAAUUGGUUCGGGCAGUUUUGGUCAUGUUUAUAAAGGAAUUCUUGGGGACAAUAUGAAAAUAGCUGUCAAAGUUUUAGACACAAAGACAGCAGGGGAUAUUUCAGGGAGUUUCAAAAGAGAAUGUGAAGUCCUCAAGCGAACCAGGCAUAGAAAUUUGAUCAGGAUCAUAACAAUUUGCAGCAAGCCAGAUUUCAAGGCUCUGGUCCUUCCUCUGAUGCCGAACGGGAGUCUCGAGAGACACCUAUACCCGAGCCACGGAAUACAACAUGGAUUACAUUUGAUCCAAUUGGUAAACAUCUGCAGCGAUGUAGCUGAAGGGGUUGCUUAUCUGCACCAUUACGCACCGGUUAAAGUCGUUCACUGUGAUCUCAAACCGAGUAAUAUUCUUCUCGACGAAGACAUGACUGCUUUGGUAACAGAUUUCGGAAUUGCAAGGCUGGUUCGAGGUGUCGAUGAGACAACUUCUGCAAAUGAUUCAAUCUCCUACAGCUCUGCAGAUGGCUUGUUAUGUGGAUCAGUUGGCUACAUAGCUCCUGAAUACGGAAUGGGGAAACGAGCUUCAACUCAAGGGGAUGUAUACAGUUUCGGGGUCCUUUUGUUGGAAAUCGUAUCGGGAAGGCGUCCCACCGAUGACGAAGCAGGUUCGAGCUUGCACGAAUGGGUGAAAAGUCACUAUCCUCAUAAGCUCGAACCGAUAGUAACGCAAGCACUGGCUAGGUGCAGCCCUGGUGCAAUGCUAACAAGUUAUGAUAAACUAUGGCGUGAUGUCAUACUGGAACUGGUUGAACUUGGCCUCAUGUGCACUCAACACAACCCAUCAACAAGACCGACCAUGCUGGACGUGGCCCUCGAAAUGGGGCGGCUAAAGCAGUAUCUCGCCAAUCCGGCCUCAAUGUUCACCGGAGAACCCUCUUCCAAGGAUGUUUCCCAUCUGAUCACACAAUAAUGACAGAAAAAUAUCACUCCACAUCAAAUUUUCAAGAAA